AUGAGUGAACCAACUGUCAAUUUUACGUUACAGACUCAAAAUGUUAGGUUUUCUGUUCCAGCAGAGCUAAUUAAAAAAAAUUUCAAGCAGGUACAGAAACUGAUUGAGAAACUCAAGAAACAAGCUGCGGAGGCAAUCGCUACCAUCAAGAAUGAUCCUAACGUGGAACCCAGUGUGAAACUUGCCAUGGUUCAGAAAAUCUCUCGCCAGGUCGUAGCAUUCCAGAAGAAACUAUCUCAAGCCGAGGAGAAAGACAAAGCUUUUCGUUCACGGCUAGUGAAAAGGGCAGAUCAUAUUCAGCGCAUACAGGAGUUUACUACAAGAGACAAGGAUGACGAUGAAGGGGUAUUGGAUUUGCAUAACGAUGGUUUGAUUUCGUGGUAUCGUGAAGAGAUUAAUGUUCUAAUUGUGGAUUACCUACUAAAAUCCAAUACCUGCAAAGACCACAAUGUGGGUACCGAGCUUAUGAAGCAGUUAGAUGCUGCUGGAACUCCUCUUUCCUCAUUGAUAGAUGUCGAAGUCUACGAAAUGUUUAACAAAGUUUUCAUCUCUAUUAAUGAAGACCACGAUUUGGAGCCAAUUACUGCUUGGUUUAACGAGAACCAAACCUCCUUGAAACGAAUCCAUUCCAACCUUCCCUUUGAAAUCCACUUAUGCAAAUUUCUAUCUAUGAUAGAGAAAUGUUCCGUGUACGAAGCAAUUGAAUAUUGCAAGUGUAACUUGACUACCUACUGUGACCGCAGUCGUUAUGAUGACGCUGAUAUGGCGAAUUAUGAGAGUAACGUGAGGCGCCUCACUGAAGUGGGUUCCCCGCUCCUAUUCUUUGCCAUAGCUACCUCUAACGAUACAAAAGCGGCCCUCAAUGACGGAAAGAGCCAAUCGUGGUUCAGUUUGCUAGACUCGUCUUUUCCUGAGAGCAACUUCGUUUCGUUUGGAUCCUAUAGCCGGCUGAUGGAAUCCCAAAGAUGGAACGAACUAUCAAGAUGUUUCAUUACUGAUUUCACCAAGAUCUAUAAUAUUCCCCAAACGUAUCCAUUGUUUGUGCAUUUGUCCGCGGGCCUUUCAAGUCUUAAGACUAAGUCUUGUUAUUGUAACGACGAUAAUACUAUAUUCAAGAACAAGGAAAAUGAAGAUCUGUUCAUUAUGCACCUUGACUCCAAUUUGUCAAGAAAUUUGGCUUUGAGGGGACCCAAUCAGUAUUAUAAACUCUUGCAAAAGACAAACGAGUGUCCUGUGUGCUCACCAGAACUAUUCCGCCUAAGCCAGAAUCUUCCAUACACGCAGCUGGUAACCAGUAUAUUUGAAAACCCAUUCAAAUUACCAAACGGCAAUAUUUAUCCAUUUGAUAAACUAUUAAAUCCGGCGGACCACAAUGAAAUGCUCAUACGAAACGGAAAAGUUAAAGAUCCCCUUUCCCAAGAAACUUUCUUCAUCGACGAUUGUGUUCGUGUCUUCCCAGCUUAA